CGCAUUCCCAAAAGUUGGCAUAACCAGGAAGUACUGAGGUGUCAUGUGAUUGUAAAAAAAAAAUGGCUGCGGUGCAGUGGCGAUCCAGCGGACGCAACUAUGACGCAGAGCUGCAGAGGUGUCGUCCUGAGGCUGCUCUGGUUGAGUUUGGAGACUAUCACCCCCUCAAACCCAUCAUGGUGACCGAUACAAAGACCCGCCGCGGGGCUCGUAAAGGCAGCACCUCCUCGUCCUCCUCCUCUUCCUCCUCUGUGCCCCCGGACCCCCUCAGCUCCAUGCUGGACGGGACCGACCCCCUCUCCAUGUUUGCGGCAGCCUCGGCCAGUGAGGCUCCUGCCAUGUCACACAGCGCCUCCACUGGGGACCCCCGGAGGAAGAGGAAUGAGAAGGAGGAAGAGGCGGUUGGACCGGACUUUGAGCCCUGGUUGUCAAAACGCGGGGAGAUCCUGGCAAGGUUCACCACCACUGAGAAGCUCUCAAUUAAUCUUUUCAUGGGUUCGGACCGAGGAAAAGCUCCAAGUCCAGGAUCCUCCGCUGUUUCAGAGAAAGUUCGAACUCGCCUGGAGGAACUGGACGAUCUGGAGGAGGGUUCCCAGAAAGAGCUGCUGAACCUCUCCCAGCAGGAUUACGCCAACCGCAUCGAGGAGCUGAACCAGUCCCUGAAGGAGGCCUGGGCCUCGGAUCAGAAGGUCAAAGCCCUGAAGAUCGUCAUCCAGUGCUCGAAGCUUCUGUCCGACACCUCCGUGAUCCAGUUCUACCCCAGCAAGUUUGUCCUCAUUACUGAUAUCCUCGACACUUUCGGCCGGCUGGUGUACGACAGAAUCUGGACCAUGUGUUCAGACCCACGACCGCUACCGGACUCAUUCACAGUCGACGACGUGAACGACACGGCCAAGGAGACGUGCCUCAACUGGUUCUUCAAGAUCGCGUCCAUCAGAGAGCUCCUGCCCAGAUUAUACGUCGAGGCUGCCAUUCUCAAGUGCAACCGCUUCAUGAACAAAUGCGGGAUUCAGGAGACGCUCCCUCGGUUGACGGCGAUGAUCAGAGGGAUCGGAGACCCCUUGGUGGCGGCGUACGCCAGAGCUUACCUCUGCAGGGUGGGCAUGGAAGUCGCCCCCCACCUGAAGGACAGCCUGAACCGCAACUUCUUCGACCUGCUGGGCGCCUUCCGGCAGAUCAGCAGUGAGAGCGUCCAGAACCAGCUGGUCCUGCAGAGGGUGGAGGUGCCCGAGUACCUGACGCUUUAUUCGCCCGCCAUCAACUGGAUCCUGCAGUGCAUCGCCUACAGAGCUCCAGAGCCUCUGCUAACGGAGAUGAUGGAGAGAUGCAAGAAGCUGGGGAACAAUGCUUUGCUGCUGAAUUCAGUCAUGAGGGCGUUCAGGCCAGAGUUUGUCGCGGCCAGAGCCACCGACUUCAUCGGGAUGAUCAAAGACUGCGACGAGGCCGGCUUCCCAAAGCAUCUGUUGUUUGGAUCUCUGGGUCGCAGUCUGGCCUGUGCCGACCCCCCAGAAUCGGAAAGGCUGACGAUCCUCAAUGAAGCCUGGAAGGUCGUCACCAAAGUCCGCAGCCCCCAGGAUUACGUCAACUGUGCCGAGAUCUGGGUGGAGUUCACCUGCCGACACUUCUCCAAACGUGAGGUUAACACCGUUCUGGCUGACGUCAUCAAACACAUGACCCCUGACCGGGCGUUUGAGGAUGCUUAUCCUCAGCUGCAGUCAGUGAUCAGGAAGAUCCUCACCUACUUCUACGACUUCUCCGUCCUCUUCUCCAUGGAGCGCUUCCUGCCGUUUCUAGACAUGUUCCAGAAGGACAGUGUGAGGGUAGAGGUGUGUAGAUCCAUCAUGGAGAUCUUCAUCAGACACCAAGAAGAGCCCACCAGGGACCCGGUUAUCCUAAACGCCAUGUUGCACAUCUGCAAGACCAUGCACGACUCUGUCAACGCUCUCACUCUGGAGGACGAGAAAAGAUCUCUGGCUCUGCUGAUCAUCGGCUUCAUCCGCAUGGUUUCUUUUGGUCGAGACUUCGAGCAGCAGUUGAGUUUCUGUGUGGAGGCGCGAGCCACCUUCUGUAACCUGGAGUCGGUGCUGGUGCAGCUCAUUCACACGGUGAACCAGCUGGCGAUGGAGACCAGUAGGGUGAUGAGAGGGAGUCACUCCCGCAAAACGGCGGCCUUCGUCAGGGCGUGCGCUGCCUACAGCUUCAUCACCAUCCCGUCUCUCAGCAGCAUCUUCAGCCGUCUCAGCCUUUAUUUGCUGUCCGGUCAGGUUGCGUUGGCAAAUCAGUGUCUCUCCCAGGCGGAUGCUUUCCUAAAAGCAGCGGUCAGUCUUCUUCCGGAGGUUCCUCGCUCCAUCAGCGUGGAGGGGAAACAUCGCUCUUCUGAGAGCUUCCUGCUGGACUUCAUCAACAACUUCCUGGCUACGCUGCUGGUUGUCCCGGACCAUCCGGAGCAUGGCGUGCUCUACCUAGUCCGCGGUUUGCUCAACAUGGUGCAGGAUUACACCUGGGAGGACAACAGUGACGCCAAGGUGCGGGUGUACAUCAGCGCUCUGCCCCUGCUGGCUGCCAUGAGCCAAGAAACAUACCUCUACUCCAUCCCUAAAGUCGACUCCAAUGAGACACUUUACGGAGGAGACCCCAAGUUUCUAUCGGAGAUCAACAAGCUGUGUGAGACUCUGAUCGGACAGAUCCUGGACCAUCUGAAGACCCUCUGUCGGGACGAGCAGAGCACACGGCGUCAAGGUGCCAUGGCCUUUUCCCUGUUCGGUGUCCUGCUGGCUCAUGGGGACCUGAGGAACAACAAGCUGAGCCAGCUGGCCGUCAACCUGUGGAACCUCAGCCACAAACACGGACACUGUGAGACUCGAGUCUCAGUCAGAACCCUUGAGUACAUCAAACACCAGGCUCAGCAGGCUGACAUGACCCACCUGUCAGAUACAGUCCAGAGGCUGGCCCUUCAGUCCUGCACCUGAACGUCAGCCUCCGCAACCUCUGCAGAAUGUUUGUGUGCUUAUGGGAACCUAUCUCUUCUGCUGGACUAAUUGUGAGGUUACCAGAUGACACCACAACAGAGUAGCUUUAACUGUUUCGUGUUCUUCUGAGAAUGGAACCUCUUCCAGCCAUGUUAAUGGCUGUGAACUGCAGUAGAUAAACUAACUGUUGUAGAUAGUGGAACUGCUAUUAAAACUAAAUGCAAAACAUGCAAAUGCCUCGUGGUCCACACGGCUACCCGAUGCAUCAACAUGUCUUCUCUGUCUCCGAUGGACCUAUCCUUUCAUUUUGUGUCUCUUGCAGUAGAAUGCCUCACUUCUCUCUAUUCACUUCUCUCAACAACUGUGCAAACAUGAACAAUACAUGUCUAUAGCUUCAGGGUUCACAGUAAUUAACAAGUUAAAUGAUAAAGAUUUUGAAUUGUAACUACUUUACUCUGUAUUUUUAUUCAAUAACAAAUGCACUCAUCACUUAUCCAUCUUGCAAAAGCACAUUCUGGUCAUGUGACAAAUCCAAUCUGGAUCAUGUUUCAAUUGUUGCAGAACUUCCCUGUUAUAUUCUAUAACUAUAGCUUAUAAAACAAUAAGCUCCCAGUUGGCCUAAAAAUAUUACAACAGGGGUUUAAUUAAAGGUUAAACAACUAGAAUACAACUGAAUUUGUGAAUGUAUUGAAACACAUCAGUAUGGAUGUAUCUUUUUUGAUUUGUUGUGUACAAGCUGACGUACCAAUGUGUUGCUAUUAAGUAUCUUAUGAACUUAUUGUUUUUUUUGUAUAUUUUCUUUAAUCCUACAUUCAAACAUACUACAUCCUAUUAACCCAUGCACUUUGUUUAUGCACACCAUGAAGCCAGACAAAAAAAGGACAGGACAAUAUAUGUUUCAAGACAUUCUCAAACUCUUCUCAGUUGUAGUUUAUUUACUUAAUUAGUGAAUCAAGGUGAAUGACAAGGCAAACACUCCUUUAGUAAAAACGAAAAAAUAUUAUCAAAAACAAAAGCAAACAGCUGUAAUGUCAGACAGGCCU